UUCCGUACAUUGCAACGAUGAUUUCCCGCCAAAUAUAGUUGCACCAGACGCUAACAAGUGGUGAUUUUGCUGACAGUAGUGAAUGAUUGAGAUAUGAUCAUUGUUCUGCUCUUAAGAGUAGAAUUUAUCUCAUUGAAAUUAAAACACGUGAAUGUUGAUUUAUUCAACUUAUUUGUUUAAAUUAAAGAAUCGUUAAUUAUAAUCGUUAUAUUGUAAAGACGUUAAACUAAGUUAUCAAGAUGUAUGUUAAAGUAAGAACAAUGGAUGGUAAACAGGAGGUGAUAUUAACAAUUUCUAAGUUAACCGAGGUUGAGGAUUUCAAGCGUCAAAUACAAAAGGAGUUGUCAAUAGAAGUUGCUAUGCAAAGAUUGUUCUUCCGUGGCAAACAAUUAGAAAAUGGUUAUAAAUUAUACGAUUAUAGUAUUAAUUUAAAUGAUGUUAUACAACUAAUGGUAAAAAUUAAACAAGAUAAUGUAGAUAGUAAAGAUAACAAAGAUAAUAAUAAAAAAAAUAGUAACAGAGUAAAAGAAAAUAAUGAAGAAGUUAUUGAAGAUGUAAAUUUAGAAGAAACUGAAAGUUUAUAUUAUAAAACUGGAGACGCCGUUGAUUGUCUCGAUCAAUUGCAUGGAGCUUGGUUUGAAGCAAUUAUAAAAAAGAUAUUUAAAAAAGAAGAUAAAAUUAUUUAUAAUAUGCAAUGGGAAUUUGAUAAUCAAGUGCCUCCAUUUAACGUACCUGAAGCAUCUGUUAGACCGCGUGCUAGAAAAUUUAUAUCUGUUGAAAAAUUGAAGAUAGGUGACAAAGUAAUGGUUAAUCAUAAUGUUGACGAGCCCAAAGAAGUAGGACUUUGGUAUGAUUUUACGGUUUCAAAAAUUGAGAAGAAAAGAAAAUCACAAGAGUUGAUUGGAACUUUACACAUCGGCAGAGACAAUCAACUGGAAGGCCGCAAAAUAAAUCCCAAAGAUGGUGUAUAUGCUAUAGAACAUCCAAAACUUUUAUCAGAAAGAACACAGGAAGAUGAGCAACAUAUGAUAAGUAAUGGUAAACGAAGACGUGUAGUGGCUUCGUGCUCUUAUUGUAUGGAUGAACCUGAUAAAGAUUGUAAAGAAUGUGGAUGUAGAAUUUGUAGUGGUAAAGAAGACGAACAUAACUUACUACUUUGCGAUGAAUGCAAUUUUGCAUUUCAUUUACGUUGUUUAAAUCCACCUUUAACAUCAAUACCAGAAGAAGAUUAUUGGUAUUGUCCUGAAUGUAAAAAUGAUGAAAAUGAAAUUGUUAAAGCAGGAGAUAAAUUGAAACAGUCCAAGAAGAAAACUAUUAUCAAUGAAAGUAGUAAUAAAAGGGAUUGGGGAAAAGGAAUGGCUUGUGUAGGUAGAACGAAAGAAUGUAGUUUAGUCCCACCAAAUCAUAGAGGUCCUAUACCAGGUGUAGAAGUUGGUACAUGUUGGAUAUAUAGAGUUCAGGUUUCUGAAGUUGGUGUACACAGGCCUCAUAUAGCUGGAAUACAUGGACGUGAAACUGAUUGUGCAUACUCCAUUGUUUUAUCUGGGGGUUACGAAGAUGAUAUCGAUAAUGGAGAUGAAUUUAUGUAUACUGGUUCUGGAGGGAGGGAUUUAUCUGGAAAUAAAAGAACUGCUGAACAAAGUUGUGACCAAACACUAACAAGGAUGAAUAAAGCUUUAGCAGUAAAUUGUAAUGCUAAACUUGAUCCAGUAAAUGGAGCUACAGCUGAGGAUUGGAGAGGUGGUAUCCCUGUAAGAGUUGUACGUAAUUUUAAACUUGCAAAACAUAGUAAAUACGCACCAAAAGAAGGUAACAGAUAUGAUGGCAUAUAUAAGGUGGUCAAAUAUUACCCAGAUACGGGUAAAAGUGGUUUUCGCGUAUGGAGAUAUUUAUUACGCAGGGAUGAUCCUGCUCCUGCUCCAUGGACUCGGGAAGGUCAAUCAAGAAUAAAAUCACUUGGUUUAAAACCAUUAUAUCCAGAUGGUUACUUAGAAGCAAUGAAAAAGAAUCGACCAAGUAAUAAACGUGCUAUUGAAUUGGAAGAUGAAGGAUUACCAAGCUCUAAAGAGACUGUACAAGCCAAAAAGAAACAAAAACGUGACAUUUAUAAAUUAGACACUGAACUUAUAAAGUUUAUAGACGAAGAUAUUGCUAAUGCCAAAAUUUGGAACGAAUGUCGUUUAGCUUUACCAAAUGGAAAGACUGCUUUUCUACAACGCGUUUCAGAAAGAUUUACUUGUGUUUGUUGUUUAGAAGUAGUUAAUAAUCCUGUAACUACACCUUGUGCUCAUAAUAUUUGUCUUACUUGUUUAAAACGAAGCUUUUCAUCUGGAGUUCACAAUUGUCCAUCGUGUCGUCAUAAUAUGGAGAAAGAUUUUAAAAUGGAUGUCAAUGAGUUUUUAGCUUCUGCAUUGCUAAUGCUUUACCCAGGUUAUAAUGCUGGUAGAUAGCAGAGUAAAUAUAAUGAAACGUAUAAACCACAGAUAUAAUUAAUUCAAUUUCUUGCUUUCACAUACCAUAGAAUAUACUAACGUAUUAUAUGGAU